AUGAAGGGCCACAUGUAUAAUACUUUAGAGGAGUUACGCAUUCUGAAUUAUUUCAAGGUGUGGCAUAGAUCAUGCAAAACGUCUACCCCAAUUGAGAUUAGUUGGACUCCUCUUAAUCAAGAUGAAAUUAUGAUCUGUUGUGAUGGUGCAUCUUUCGGAAACCCAGGCCAAGAUGGUUCAGGUGUUGUUUUCCAUGAUGCAAGUUCGGAGGUGCUUGGUGUUCUUUGUGUUGUCCUUGGUUGGAAAACCAAUUUCUAUGCGGAAGUAUGUGCGAUUAUUUAUAGUGCGAUUGUGUCUAAGAGAUGGAAUAUGCAGAAUAUUUACAUUCGUUCUGACUCGAAGAGUUGCAUACAAGCUUUUCAAAAGGGUGAGCUGCCUUGGCAGCUGGUGCAGAAGUGGAAAAUUGCGAAGUAUUACUACAUCAAAGUUCGUUAUAUUCAUAACUAUAGGCAGGUUAAUUUCUCAGCCGAUGCCUCGGCCAAGAAUCCUUUUUGCUGGCUGAGGAUAUUUUUGAGUUUUAUGAGGGUAGGCCAGGUUUUAUUCCAUCUGUGGAAUGGACUGGAAGGGUUUAUUAUCGCUUUAAUUAGGUUUUUCUGUGAGUGGCCUCACGACUAG